UCGAUCCCACUCACGGUGAUCGCAGUCCGCCUCUCCGGCUCUCUCUGUCUGCUGAGCCCGCCGUCAUAUUGGCUGCGAGAAGCAGCAGCGACCACGGCGGAAAAAGAAGACCCCCACCAUGAUGAAGAACGGGCUUUCGCUGCUCUCGAUCACUUUAGCCCUUUAAAGACAUUUGAGUAGUAUUAUUUUUUAAAUCAUUCGGGAUGAUACCAUCAAGUAUCCGCGGACGUUUAGUGCUUUUUACCGACACCGUGGUCCGCCAGGGGGAUAUAUGCCUGACUUCUCUUAAUAGCCAUUUUUUGCAGACAAAGAGAGCUGUUGAAUAGAGCUUUCAGAGAGGCACAAGGGUCCCAGGGGCUCCAGUUGAUGAAGAAAGUGAGCAACAUGUGGAGCAACCUGAAGAGCAAAUGCCAAACACUCUUUCACAACAACAGUUCAGGACCCAGUGAGAGCAGGGUUGAGGCAGAUGCCGUCCACUGUGUGGUGGAUCUUGGCCAAGGAGGCAGCUCAGGUGAGGCUCAGGCAUCAGGAUCCUCCAGCCCAUCAAGGAGCCUCCUCCCAGUGCCAAUGGUAACAGCAGGACGCCGCCAUCACAACUGUGUGUCGGACAUCCCUCAGCUAGUAGAGAUCACUAUCGACAAGGACACUGAGGAUGUGCGAGGGGGAUCAGGGGGUGUUCCCCUGGCCCGGAGAGACUCCUAUUCCCGUCAUGCUCCAUGGGGGGGCAAGAAAAAACACUCAUGUUCCACCAAAACCCAGAGCUCUCUGGAGGCAGAUAGGCGGUCUGGGCGCCUACGUGGGAGUGGGAACCGUAGGGACAGGCGUUAUGGAGUCAGCUCCAUCCAGGAGAUGAGCGACUCUGUAUCUGGAGGACGUAGUCUGAAUGCUCGGUCGUUGCGUCAACGGCUAAGUGAUACUGUAGGGCUGUGCUUACCGCUGCCAGCUCGCAGACGCUCGCGCUCAUCUAAGAACCCUGUCACCUCCAAACGUAAGAUUCACCUGACGGAGCUUAUGCUGGAGACUUGCCCCUUCCCACCAGGCUCAGACCUUGCCCACAAGUGGCACUUGAUCAAGCAACACACAGCACCGGUCAGCCCGCAUUCCUCCACUGCCCUGCUGGAUGCCUUUGACCCGGCCCACCCCUCUCCUGAGGAUGAGGAGGAACGACUGCGUGAGCGUCGCAGACUUAGCAUCGAGGAAGGUGUGGACCCACCACCUAAUGCACAGAUCCACACCCUAGAGGCCUCAGUGCCAGGCUCCUCUCUCUACAAACUGGGACCAAAGAUGGCUCCUGGCAUGGGAGAGGCCUCUGGGGAAGGCCGGGCCUCAGGGGCCAGCAGCUCUGGGGGUGCAGGAUCAUCAGGGGCCUGUGGGCAGGUGUUGGGGGCUACAGCGUCAGCCCAGGACUGUGACUCUGAGGAGGAUUCGACCACCCUCUGUCUACAGGCUAGGAGGCCCAAACAGAGGCAUGCCUCUGGGGAUGGUCACCUGAGCCGGCAGCAACCUGGGCCCUGGAAGGUGCACACCCAGAUAGACUACAUCCACUGCUUGGUGCCGGACCUAUUGCAGAUCACAGCUCUGCCCUGCUACUGGGGCGUGAUGGACCGCUAUGAGGCUGAGGCACUGCUGGAUGGACGGCCAGAAGGCACCUUCCUGCUGCGUGACUCAGCCCAGGAGGACUACCUCUUCUCCGUUAGCUUCCGCCGUUACAACCGCUCACUGCACGCCCGCAUCGAGCAGUGGAACCACAAUUUCAGCUUUGACGCACAUGAUCCUUGUGUUUUCCACUCUUCCACCGUCACAGGACUGCUGGAGCACUACAAGGACCCCAGCGCCUGCAUGUUUUUUGAACCGCUGCUUACAGCGCCUCUCCAUCGGACCUUUCCCUUCGGCCUGCAGCACCUGGCACGAGCUGCCAUCUGCCGCUGGACCACUUACGAUGGUAUAGGCUCUCUGCCGCUGCCCCCUGCCUUGCAGGACUUCCUCAAGGAGUAUCACUAUAAACAGAAAGUACGAGUUCGCUGGCUGGAGAGGGAACCGCCACUCAAGGUCAAAUAAGGCGGGUUUCUCCAUAGCCGGUACACACACACUGCAGGAGGAUUACAGAACUUGAGAAAUUCCUCGUUAGCCAAUUAGAGGCUAUACUGACAUGGCUCUCUUUCUGGUGGGGGAUGGAAUUAAAAUGUAACAAGCUAUACAAGAUUCAUUCUAAUCUUUGUUUUAGUUAUUACUUACAUCACAGAAAAUACAUAUGAUUAUAUUCAGUAUAAUGCUGUCUGGCAAGCACAUGUUUUUGUGUUGAACAGGUUUUUUUUUUUUUUUUUUUUUUUUGACAGGGAGGGAAGACACAAAUAUCAGUGCUUUGUGUCUUUUCUCUCCCGCUUUGUGCUAAAUGUCUGCCUGAUCCCACAACAUCACCCUGCCUGUAGACCUGCCUGCAUGCCUCCCUGUUCAUCCCAAAUUGCUGUUUAGGCCCACAUGGCUACAUUGUACAGUUCACUUUGUGCUUUCUCUAUUUUUUUUCUUCCUUAGCUUGUCAAAGCACCUAGUGGAGCACCUUCCCAAGAGGUGUGUGGGUUGAGAGGGCGUCUGGAGGUGCUAUUGGUAUAUUGCAGUCAGAGCUUGUCCCAUGGAUAAAGCUACAUAAGGCACAUUCUUUGCCAUCUCUUUGCACGCGAGCAUCAGCUAAGCCAGUGACAGGGACGGAUUCUGAGAGGGUCCAUAGAGUUCAGGACAGUACAUCAGGGAAAUGAAGUGCUUUCUAAAGACUAUCGAUUAGUCCUUUAAAAACACUAGUUCCUCAAUAAGCAGUAAUAGUGAAUGAUGAAUAUUGAAUCAGUCUACUGUGUCGUAUUUAGUAAGCAAGCUAAACUUGUCAACUUUAUUCCCGCUGUGCGAAAUUGCUUUCAAAACAGGAGGGAGAGAUUGUCAGGAAAUAUUCUUGCCAUUGUUAGUUCUCACAGCAGUCGGAGUUCUUCACAGGACACAGGCAAACUUUGUGCAUGCUAUUGUGUAUACAUGCACAAUUAAUUUCUUCCUGUAUGAAAUUUAGCUCCUAGGGUAGCAUUUGAGCAGUCUGGCCUCUUUAUGGAAUUGUGUUAUGGCUUUAUAGUGAUAAGUUUUACAUUGGCCUCCUUUUUAGUUAGCAUCUUUUGGUGGCAUCUGGCAUACAGAAAGCUUUGACCCACUGCAUCCAAGUCGGUUAGUUUUCUUCACCAGACACUUGUAACAUUGGUGCAGCUAGCUUUGCACUUUGGUUAGAGAAAGGAAUGCUAACAAGUCUUGUCAGAGGAACUGGGGCACAUGUGACAAGUGGUAGGUGAAGACAAUCAAAGAAAGUUCAGAAUGCCAGUGUCCCUUUAAACGUGACUGUGAGUUGGUCUGCUGGUACUUCUAGUGAGGCUUGUUAGGGAAUGGGGACCCCUUAUAGUCAAAGAUCAUAAAUGGGGGAGGACAGCCAGCCUCAUAUGCUAGACUUUACAAGAAUCCGCUUGUGAAGAAAGUGAACUACAACUCCCAUGAUUAGAUUGCAGCACCCCUUUCCUCUUUUAAUUUAUAUUUCUUUUAUAAAACCGUGUUAAAAUGUGUCAAGCAGUUUUUAUGAAGAGCACUGUGUUCUUUCCAGUGGGAAAGAAGUGAUGUAGCCUUUUCUUGGGAGUUGAUGGUGUCACCCACUUUAUGGCUCACUACUAUAAGGACUCCCCAUCAGAUCCCCUCAUUGCCUGGCAGCAUUUGUACUCUUGAGUGGAGGCGGCACUCAACUGUCGUUAGGUUGGCAUAUCUUUUGAGAGCUUUAGUUAUGUCAUCUGAAUGAUUUUAGCUGUGUGACUUGGAACAUAAACACUGCUGGCUAGCUGGUCAUUUCUGUCGUGUUCUCAUUGUGAAGAGAAAACAAGUGUAACCUAUGUGCCUUUUUAGAGAACCAUUUGUCUCGUUCCAUAAUCUAAUGCUUUUUAGUCCAAACCUAGAGGUGCUUCAACACAGUCCACUCUGAUGCCAUCAAAUGAGACUGAAGAGAAUCAUAAUGAAGAGGUGCAUGAGCUCUAAGCUCACUUACUUAUGGUGCACGUUAAAUUUCUGUAAAGGAUAAACGUUUAGUGGUGCUAUGUUGGUUAAGCUAUGACAGACUAUUGAAACGAUUAGUUGUACAUUAGUUACAUCUGUUCUCACUCACUAAUGCAUGCAUUAUGUCUGGUAGUUUUGAAAAAGUAUUAGGUUUUUAGUGGGUCCAAUUCCAGCCCUACUGUAGCAUAUGCCAGUGAGAAAAUAUCCAUGUUUGUCCAGCCCUAAACGGUGUAGGUUCUAGUCCGUAACCUGACAAAUAGAUCCUAAUGAGACGACAGGAAGGUCAGUCCUGUUCCAUGAGCAUUUUUAUCUGAAUAAUACAACUUCUGAUAAUCAUGCCCAACUUAUUUGUCAGGAAAGUGUUAGAAUUAAUUAAUCAGCAACGGUCUUUGUUCUCACUUAAUUAGUAGUAAAUACACAUUACCUAGCUUUCUAACAAAUUCAAUUAGUUGAGCUUUUAAUAAAAAAAAGAAAAGUAUGACUGUGGGAAGAUGAGAUGGGUGGAGAUGAGCAGAUUGGUUCCCUUAAGGCAUUUAAAGAUAAGUUUUCACAUAAAUAUAAUUGAGUGGAAAGUAUGUAGAUGAAACCCCUACAGGUAAUGUGUAAAACUAAAGUAUUACAGCUGAAACACGCAUGAGAUCAUGAUCACUGGAAAAGUAAACCUCUUAACUCCUCAAACUAGCUCAUAUUUUAGUCUGUGUGUAUUUGUGCUCUUUCGUCUAUCAGCCCACCCAUAUGUUAAAGGUUAUUUGAAUCCUCAUCAGUGAGGAUGAAUCAUGAACAAAUGUCAGUGCAUUUUUUUUUUUUUUUUUGCCCAUGAAUAUCUAAGAGUCUGUGACCAAAGCCAGCUACCAACUAUGUGUAUUAACUAGUAGGCUUAUGCUUAUUGCUGUGCUCAGUAGUGUUAAAAUUAAGCUAAAUUAUAUUUAAGCUUUACCAUCAAGUCAAAGCUAGCUCCAUACUUCAGUAUGUAAGACUGCUCUUUGUUAAAACAUGUUCUCGGGGGAGAACUCGGUUCUGUCAAGUUCACACCUGAAAACCAAACCCUGAAACUCAACAUUGCACACCUUUUCUCUCCAAACCGUUAUCUUCUUCUCACAUAUUUAUCAGGCAGGCAACAAGACUUUUUUAUACAGGUGGUAAGAGAUAAUUGGCGUAGGUAUAAUGGUUAACACAAAUCUCACUAACCAAUAUUUGCUUUCUCAACUGCACUGUGAAAUCGAUCAGAAUUUACCGAACAUUUCCUCACAUAAAAGUCCGAAACAUUUUCCACUGCCCCGCACUUUGUUCUCAGAAAACUUGAAUACUGCAUGUGAAUUGCCCAUAUGUGUUAGAGGAGCUGCGGGGGGGUGUUAAGAGGGAGGUUGGCAUUUAAGUCGCUUGCAUGUGCACUUUUAUGUUUCAGGAUUUUUAGCAUCCACACUGAAAGAUAUAUCUGAAAACCCACACACAUCUUACCAUCUCUGCCACCUGUCUAUCAUGCUACUGCCUAGCAAUAGCAUACAGACCUUCACAGUGCCCCACCCCACUCGCAGGCACUAAUCACAGGCUAAUAUUACCAUGUUGGGAUAUAAAUUUACUGGGUACUAAAAGGGCCACUCUGUGUUGCUUUACGGGUGCUGUGUGACUGAGGGAAACCUUUUUUUAUUAUUAUUAUUAUAUCCAACUCUCCACCUAGCCACAUCCCUAACAACACUGUGUUGAAGUGGAUGUGACUGUGGUGUUGAGGACUUAAGGCCCCUGUACUCUGUCCACCCCUGUCAGGGCGAUGUUAGGCUGAAGUUAACAUUACGGAGCAAGAAGGAGAGAUGGAGCUGGCUCACUGAGUGCCCUGGCUUCCUGUUGUGGCAGCGGCACAGAGGGCUAGGGAUUUUUUGAAGUAAAUAGCACUUUAAUUGUGUACUUGUGUUCCACAGUGCAGUCAGUGAGUAUUAGGACAGUGAUGCAUUUUUGUUGUGUUGGCACUUUCCUCCAGCAUAUUGAAUUUUAAAUGACUGUUAGGUGUUAAUUUGAGGGUGUUUACAUCCAUAUUGGGUGAACAGUUUAGAACGCACUCUUUUUGUGACACUGCGGGUAUAUUUUUACCCACAGGCAGCAGUCAUUUCGUCCCUAUAAAGCUUGUUUUGGGAGCUUUUUGCCUUCAGUUUGGUCCUCCAUCAUGUAAGACAUCCUCAGAUGGAUUGAGGUCAGGUGACUAACUUGGCCAGUCAAGACCACACUGUUUUGGCGCUCAGGCUCCUUUGUUGCCUUGUCUAUAUUUUUGGGAUCAUUGCUUGCUUUCUUUGACAUUAAAUGUCAGGAUUGUAAUGAAAUGGAAAUUACCACCCUAUUGACCUAAUAUUGAUUUGAACACCCUCAAACAUACUCAAAACUUGAAAGUCAGCCUUUUAACCAAGCAGUCUUUGUAAUGACCAAUGUGCCGAGGUACAGCACCGAAACAAAAAAUUUGAAAAUGCCUCACUGUCUGAAAACUUGCGGACCACGCUGUAUGUGUAUUAGCUCAAGAUGGCGAGACUUGUGUGAGUGUUAAGAAAAAGCCGGUGGUCCUGAAAUAUUUCACGUAAAUUCAGGCAUUGUAAGCUGUGUCGAUGGAGCUCGAUUCUCCACCAUGCUGCAGACUCGGUGCAUGCGUGUGUGUUGUGUGGGAGGUAUAUUUGUGUAUGGACAGAGCCACAUGGAGGGUUCCAGUGGAGGGGGAUGCAGAGUUGACUGUGAGGGGUGAUGAGACUGUGACUCCUAUGAACAAUGCCUCUGUCCCUGUCCCACCCCCCUUAUUCUCAGGCAGGCCCAUUGCAAGGAGAGUCCCAAGACCCUCUCAACCCAGUUUUCCCCAUGGGAAAUAUCUGACAUUAACCGUAGCACAUGUUUGCCAUAUAACCCUUAGAUUUAGAAGAAGGAAAAAAAAACAAAAACAAAAAAACAUUGUAUGUAUGAUGAAUGAUGGAGUUAUGUAAUAGGAGCCCGAUGAAAAGACAUUUUAUUCUUCUGUGGUGCAUUAACUGUCUGGAACACACAUACAUUUGCACACACUUACUGUCAACACUUCUUCUGACACCUGCACUACCCCAGGUAUCGACACACACUCACAACCCCUCCCCUCCCCCCCACCACCAUCACCCCACCCUAAGCCAGGGAUGUGUAAACAUGGACCACAUUUAGCCAGCACCACCUGUCUUGUGUGAAAAACAAAGAUAGGUGUUUACGUGUAUAUUCUAUGUUCUUAAAAAAAAAAAAAAAAAUCAACAAAAUGCCGUGAAUUGAACUAUUUUGACCUUAUAUUGUCAUUAGUAUGACACUAUUUAGCUGCACUAUGAGAGCCUCGUUUGUGGCAAGAAACCACUGGGUCUGGUCUGGAUGAGAGACAGGCUGGCCGUGUCGCUAGCUGUCCCAUUAAACUACAGCAAAACCCCUGGAUGUAGGACUCCUACCCCCACCUCGGUACGACUCAUGGUUUCAAACAAACUAACAUUAAAAAAAAAAAGAUAUUUUUAACAUUUUUUUUUUCAUGUUUCCCAUAUAUAUUUUAGAAAGCUGGGUUAAGUGCUAUAUGCAAACAGAAAAAGAUGUAUGAAAGAAUUAUUAUUUUUCAUUAUUACUUCUCCCUAAUAUGCAAUGGAGUGUAGUGUAACAAUGGUUGCAAUCCUCUGUCACUUUAAUGCUGUAUGUGCACAUUGGUUGCUGUGUGGAUGUGGGUGCCGAGGCAACAGGACUUGACAAUGAUGGGAACUAAUGGUUGUCACUCUGCAGAACCGCCGUGUCCCCAGACCGCCUUAUUCGUUCUGACCAAUCACAAGAGCCCUUUAAAUCCGGGGCCACAGCCACUGCCACAGGCUGACCAAGCUGUCGUCAGACGAAUAUCGCUGUUCCAAUUUUCUUCUGCUUUUCCUCGCUUUUUCCUUUCUUUCUUCUUUUAUUUUCCUCUGCUGUCAGGUAGGAUUUGGAGCGUGUAAAUGGCAUAAUCAUGUUCACAUUUCACUGUCUGUUCUGUGUAUCUGCUUCACCAUUCAAAGAGAAAAAAAAAAAACAGUUGUUUUCCAGUAUAACCUGUUCAUUUUUAAGAGCCGUAUGAUGCGACACUUGUAGCUGUCACUUUUGGUGCUUGGCUUAUGCUUCAUUGUCUUAAUAUUCCAAAUAAAACUGUUAAGUGUAAUCCACACUGGCCCAUGAUAUAA